AUGGGGUUGCCGGCCAAUGGGUCGGCAACAGCCAGGAAGAGUGAAUCUGAAGAGGAUAGGGCAAAUAAAAAAGCUAAAAUCGUUUCCAAUGAGAAAGUUUCUUCUUUCUAUGAGCUGGCCACUGGCGGUGGGCUCAUAGAAAUUAGGAAAAAAGAUCAAAAAUUGUGCAGUGCUGGUGAGCCUGUUAAUAUGGAAUGUGAGGUUAGAAACGAUAAUGCAUGUGGUUCAAAUGCCCCGUCUGAAACAGUUGCAACCAGCGAAAAUAGUGUGAACAAAAACGCGCCAAUAAUUAACGUUUACCCGCCAAUUUUUAAGGGCGAGAUUUUUGUACUCGUUGAUGCAUCGGAAUGCCCGAACAUAAAAAAUGAGAAAACGACCACAGGACUUACACUGUAUGCCCAAAUAAAAGACUUAAGAAUAAAAGACCUAGACCUUAUUCUUGCCUUGGGUAGGACUUUAUAUAAAGUAAUCUUUAAAAAUACCUGUUCAGCCAACAAUUUUGUUUUAGACGACAGGCUUUCUAAAAGAGGCCUUAGACCUUUUGUACCCAUGACUGCCCUUGAAAUAUAUGGUGUCAUUAGGGGUGUACCAACUUUCUUUAAAGAGGAAGACUUUUUAAAAGAAGCCAAAUCAAGCAUUCCAAUAAGAUCUGUUAGGCGUUUUACGCGUAAAGAUCCCACAAAUAAUGAUUACAUCCCAACAACAACUCUGAAAGUAGGCUUUACAGGGAAUGAAAUACCCAAGCAAGUGAUAUUUGAAUAUGUGAAACUUAAUGUCGAUUUCUUUAUACCGCCUCUUAGGCAAUGUAAUAAGUGCGGGCGACUUGGUCAUACGGUGCUUUCCUGUAAGUCCAAGGGCAGGUGCCUUAAAUGUGGAAAACCUGAGUGUGAUAAUGCAUGUGAUUCUACUUUUUGUAUUUUGUGUAACAAAAAUGGCCAUGUGGCAAAAGACAAGUUCAAAUGUGCCUUUUGGGAAAAGGAGAUGGAGAUAAACCGCAUCAAGACGGUCAAAAAAAUGUCCCGUAAGGAAGUUUUGGAGACUUAUUUCCCCAAAAAUUUCAACAGAUUUAGCAUCUUUGAGGAAGAAGAAGAUAGUUUUCCCCCUUUAAACAGCUCUUCCAAUGACAUUGUAGAUAAAGAUUCCAAUAUUAACAGAAAUCUAACCAAAAAAACGUACAAAUCAGUAGUCAAAAGGCGCACUGAUGGAUCUGAGAUCAGUCACCCUCGUCCUUCCAAAACACCAACAAACAAAAUAGAUUUAAUUGACAAGGAAGUUACCGACUCAUGGCGCAAAGAAAUAAAUCUUAAUGCAUUAGAAUGUACGAAAAUUCGAAAUUCUUCAAAUAGAGCAAAGGAAAUUCGCGACGCUUUCGCAGAACAUUUAAGUGACGAGGGAGAUUACGUUUGUUCCGAUCACUUCUCGCGCGCGGAUAUGAUAUGCGGUGGUACACAAGCCAGAUUGCUGGCGAAAGCUAUUCCAUUCGCACCAUCGUCACAAUCUUCUAGCUCCAAUUGUUUAAUAAAUAAUAAACGUAACUUUGGCACGGAAAUCGGUGUUUCCAAUAUACAGGCUACAGAUGUAUCCCAGCAUACAUCACGCGUGAAUAAUGUAUUCGGUAAUACAAUUUCACUAUUGCCGUAUACUUCUAUCUACGUCGGUAUCCCUGAUACACGUAAAUUUAGCAUGGAUGUUGAUAUCCCUACCGCAAACGCUAGUGUACCUGAGCAAUUUUCACGCUCCAUUUUCAUACCUGAUUCUGGAGUUUACACACAAGAAGGUUCGUCGUUUUCUUUGCCGGAACCAACUAAGGCGCAGGUUAGAGACUGCGGAACACAAACGGAGUAA